AUGCCAAUAGACGAAGCGUUACCGCGAUACGCUGCUAGCGAUCCCAGCGAAGACGCGAUACCCGGCCCUUCUACUCUCCGCGAUACACCCUCUGCUUAUGCGACACCAUCUCUUCAUGAAUCUCCUCUGUAUAAUUCCUCCAUAGAUCCACUUGUCAUGCAACCCACCAUCGACCAGUCAUACUUGCGAUUAAUCCGUGCGCCGCCGCCCGAUUCGCCGGUAUGCAUCGGCCAUGGCCUAGAUGUACCUGCUAUCGGUGUACUUUCGACGCUCGUUCUGCCAACAGCCAUUGGGCUAGUCAUCUGGUUACUGUUCGCCAUCCUGCGACCACGCUUCCGCCAAGUCUACGGGUUGAGAGAAUGGUUUCCACCCCAGGGCCUUCGCUCAAAACCUCUCGGACCAUCACUAUGGGGGUUCCUAUGCCUUGACGCGCCCAUCGUAUCCUCCAUCCCCGAGGGCGUCAUUAGCGCGGGCAAAUCCCCAGCUAGGGACGCUGAAUUAUUCCCCUCCGAUGAAGAGCUGAGCAAAAGGACACUCUGGACAAGCAUCCAGGUCGUAGCCAUCUGGUCAUUCGUAGGUCUGGGCGGCCUAUUGCCGCUGUACAUGGCAGCGACGCCGUGCAUAGCGAGUUCCACGUUGCCCUUCGCCUACCGCGGACAGUACUCAACUCUCCAGGACCUCAGCCUGAUCCGGUUGCUUCAACUGCUUGACGACACGACCGGCGGAUUCAGCAUAGCCCCUUAUGUCCGCAUCCGCCUCAUCAUACUGACCAUAUUCGCGAUAGUACUGACGCUGACGCCCGCUCUGUGGCUGCUCAUGCGCGAAUUCAACAAACUCGUAGCAUACCGUGAGUGCUGGGUGAACGUGCGCUGCCAGGGCGUUGAGUUGGGCUGGCUGAGCGCGCGUCAUGCCCCAGGCCUGGUCGGCUGGGGUGAGAAACGCGUGAAGGAGUUCGUCGUAAAGGCCGGAUUGAGCUCGACGUUGGAGGUGGACAAUGGUGACGGAAACGGCAAUGGGAAACGUCGCAACAGGCGACGAAACACCGCAGGCUGGAGCGAGGCAGAGAAGGGACAACUCGAUGUCGACAUUCAGAGCCUCUUUUCCAUUGGUGACACCACUCAGCUUGCGCUCUUGAUCGACGAGCGCGAUGAGAUUUUGGAGAACUGGAGAUCGCUGAAGCGAAUCACUAACAUGGGCCAGAAUCGUCGCAAACGGCGGCGCGGCAGGAAUCCUGCGUUCGGUUCAUCAUCCCUCCCUCCCACAUCGUAUGUCAUGCCUUCUCAGUAUUACAAGCUGCGCGGAGUAUCAGGCAUUAGCGGCGGGCAGUUCACAGACGUUGACCAAGGUGUCCCGUCCCCUGACCGCGGACCCAGCCUGACUGAUUCGUUCAAUCAGCGAGUCGUAGGCAGCCGCUUCCAGGAGGUGAACAGUAGCAAUCCUACCAUCGGCCUGAUACCCAUGGGCAGCCAGGUGGCAGUCAACAGAGACGGCAAUCUGGAAGCAGUGCGCACGCCCGAGACCGCAACAUUGGAUCAACAGUGGGGCGGUGACAGGCACUCGUCGUGGGACACAUCCGGGUUCAAUGACGCAACCUCGCCAUACGCACAGCUGCUACCACACACGUCCCAGGACCAUAUGCUCUCAGAGUCCGAAGAUGACUGGUACGACGUCCUCGAACAAGAUCCGGAAGCGUUUGAUAACGCCGAAGAGUACCCAAAGAGCUCACGCAGACGGCCGCGACCCCCUCGACAGACGGGCGUGGAGCUGCAGCGCGAAUCGUUUCCUCUGAGAAAUCGCGAGGCGAAGACAGGAGAGGACGUCCCACCGCCCCAUCUGCGAUUGCAGCCGAGGCAGCCAUUCGUGCGCCCGCAGUCCGGCGUCGACCACGGCGCGCUCAGCGCGAUCUACGCGGACAUAAACCAGUGGCGGACGAAGCUGAAGGCGAUCAACCUCGAGAUAUCCGAGGUGCAGACGGAGAGCUACAAUGACAUCGCGGACGGCGCGCGCAUCAAGGGUUGGCUCAUGAUCGGCCGUGGUCUGCGGUACAUACCGGGGAUUCAGCUCAUCGAGGGUCGGGCCAAGGAAGACAUUCGGUGGGAUGAGCUGCAAAACGAGGGCAGCACGAUGCGUAGUGUUGGCUUCUGGACGGCUGUCGUGACCUUCGCCAUAAUACUGGCCGUCAUUCUGACGCCGGUGGCCGCGCUGUUUCUAAGUACGGCCCCAGACUUUGCACACUACUUCCCAUUCUUGAUGCGUCUGAAUGAGGGGCAGCAAUUUGGAGCUGGAAUCGCUACAGACCUAGUACCCGCCCUGCUCGUCGUCCUGUUCAUCGCCGUCAUCCUGAAGAUCGUAACCUAUAUCGGGCAACUGUUUCCUUCAGUUUCGCUCUCCGGAAGUCAGCUGCUGAUGUUCAAGACGGUGUUCUACGUCCUCACGGUGGUCGGAGGCAUUGCGCUCUUCACGGCAGGCGCAGUGCUGUUUGCAAUGCACUCUUGGAGCAUCGACAUCGGUGAUAGCGCCUCCGUAGCCGACGGGAUUAUCUACAUGAGCAUGCUCGCCCUCCUCCUGCUUUUGGCCGUAGCAGUCGUAUUCCCCGGCUUGCUUCUGCUGCAGCCGAUCCGGUUGAUCCGCGUGGUCCGACAUGAGAGGGAGGCUAUCACCUCCAGACAGCGUUUCCGAGCUGUCUACCCCACGACGUACAACCCGACGUAUGCGCUGAGCUGUUGCGUGCUGGCGUUUGCUUAUGCCGCUGCCUUUACGCUGUUGUUUCCGCUUGUGGCCCCGGCGGCAUUACUGCUGCUGCUUCUAACUCUGAUCGCGCACCGCUUCUUGAUCGGUCAUGUUCACGGUCGGACACACUCCUCCACCGGCGGGCUCUUGCAGAUAUGGCUCGUGCGCAGAUUGGGCACUCUGCUUGCUUUCCAACCGCUUAUAUUGGGCCUCAUUCCUCUUGAGCAGAGAUCUCUGGAUGAGGGUGGCAUCCUGUGCGGGUUCGCGGUGUUCACGUCCAUCUUCGUCGAGUCCUAUACGGCCUGGAGGACCCGGCUGCCUGGCCCGCGCUCACUGAGCCUAUCACCCAGAUUCGUUGGAGACCUUCGCGCGUACUGCACGCCGGGGAAGAGGGGGGUCGCGGAAGAGGAGAGCCUGAGCCUCGUGAGCUCUGCGAGGAACACCGGAUGCGCGUCGUCCCUCGCCAUCGGAAACGAGGGGACCCGUCCCGCUGCCGACGGAGACGCUCGACGACCUGACCGCCACGGAGCGUGCUGCCGCACACAUCCCGACGCGCCUCCGCACCUCCCUGCGCUCCCGUUCGCCGACCACGCCGAGGAGAUGGCUGGCGUGUUGUAUGCGCCCGAACUGCUGGCGCCCCCGCCUGUCAUUUGGCUGCCGAACGACGCGGGCGGGGUGGGACGUUCGGAGGCGUAUGACCUCAUGCGGUAUCAUCACCUGCAGGUGACGCUCGAUGUCCGGCGAAAGAGGACGUCAUCCUCCAUAGACGGUCUUGUCCUCGCAGACACGCCGCACCAGGACAGGUCAUAG